AUGUUUUACCAAGUUCUUCAUUCCAUUUUGUCGCUUACUGCUGUUUUAUUGAACGCUUUCACGAUGUACCUAGCAAUAACAAAAUCUCCAAAAAUCAUGCGUCCAUGCUCGGCAAUCAUAACCAUUAAAACUGCAACAGACAUUCUAACUUCAAUAAUGAGCUUCUUCGUAAUGCAGAGAAUUAUCACUGAUGGUUCUACAAUUCUUGUCAUCCCAACCGGACCAUGCAUCAACUUUGGAAAAACUGCGUGCUAUGUUGGACACAUGUUGAUGCUCUGCUUCUUGGAAUACAACCUCAUCUGGAUGAUUUCCUCCUACAUCUUCCGUUACUACAUUCUCUACGUCCGCCAGCCUUCUAUCAAGAAGCUUGUAUUUGUUGCAUUCUGCCUGUCGAUUCCAUCCAUUAUUCACAUGGUAGUGUGGUUUAGCAUUUACGAUCCAAACGAAGCAUCAACAUAUCUGCCACUGUUUGGAUCGUGUGAUAUGGUGUUAAGUGGUAAAAUCGUUUACUGGUCUGCAAUCACUCUCAUCACUCAACUAUUCAUCACUGCAUUCUUGGUCAUCGUGGCUUACAUUUGGAUUAAGGAGACGCUCUGCAGCUAUGCAACAAAAAUGGGUGCAAUCAAAAAAGAUGUAAAAAAUUUUAAUAAACGACUUGUCAAGGUCAUCAACUUUCAAGUGUUCCUCCCGUCAUUCAUCUUUCUCGGAGUGAUCACUUUUGCAUCCAUGUUCACUGGCAAAAUCGGCUAUGAGUAUGCCCAAUACGCCAUCUCCGUGAUCUUCAUGUUCUCUCCCAUUAUCUCCCCAUUCUCGUACAUUCUAUUUGUCCCCCACUACAAAAAUGUAAUCACUGGGAAAGUGAAAAAUCCGAAAUCAAAACCGACAAAGUGUAAUCCACCAAUAAGUACUACCAGGUCCACGGGUGCACCUUUUGUUUAUAAUAUAUAA